AGUUGUGUUGCAUUGUGGGACAGAUGAUUGACGCGGCGGCCAUUUUCCCGCUGGACGCUGCUUCCCAUUGUGGAAACGAAGAAGAAAAUAGAGACAAGCCAAACAUUUCUCACCACUUCUGCUCACACUUUUCCUCUAGGUGAUCUGUAGUAGUCAUGGCCCGUACCAAGCAGACUGCCCGUAAAUCCACUGGAGGCAAAGCACCGCGUAAGCAGCUAGCCACAAAGGCCGCCCGUAAGAGUGCACCCUCUACUGGUGGGGUUAAGAAGCCCCAUCGCUACAGGCCUGGUACUGUGGCUCUGCGUGAGAUCCGUCGUUAUCAGAAAUCUACCGAGCUGCUGAUCCGCAAGUUGCCCUUCCAGCGGCUGGUCAGGGAAAUUGCCCAGGACUUCAAGACUGAUCUACGCUUCCAGAGUGCAGCCAUCGGUGCUCUGCAGGAGGCCAGCGAGGCCUACCUGGUGGGUCUGUUCGAGGACACCAACCUGUGCGCCAUCCACGCCAAGCGUGUCACCAUCAUGCCCAAAGACAUUCAGCUGGCACGCCGUAUCCGUGGGGAGCGUGCUUAAACACUCGUCCUCUUGGUCUUUCUCCUUUUCACCUCUUCCUGCCCUUCUUUUACCAGUCUUUCUCUCUGUCCCACUGCUCCUCCCCAGCUCCCUCCUCCUUUUCCUGUGAUAGUAGUGUGUAGAGGAAAACGGAUUAUAGUGCAUAGUCGUGUUUUUCUUAGUGCUUUCAGCAGCAGAUUUCUAGGGUACUUUCUCUCUCUGCAUGUACCGACUUGGUGACGUGAUCUCCUCGUGUGCACACAUUUCGUUAUUGUCACUGGUUCUUCUCUGCCUCUGGAGAAUCAGGCAGUGGAAGAUUUGUGUGAUUAAAGGAGAAAAAUGCAGAGUAGAACAGUGUAAAUGUAGAGAGGAGGCAGACAGGAGGAGAUGCUGGGUGUUGGUCUGCUGGGGGACUCUGGUCUCUUUGCAGCAGGGUGCUACACAAACUCACCUGCUCUUCUUCUGCAGCCUCCAGGUUACACGUGGUCGGGGCUGAAUUUUCUGCUCCUUUGUGUCUGCAUGAGUGCAGGUCUCUGAUUACCACAGCAAACUGUAUAAAAUCCAUCAGCAUCUUUGGAGAAGUUGAUUUAGGAUUACCAUAUUGAUUGUUGCAUUAACUUUUUUCAGAUAAUGCUCAUGCAUGGAAUUAUUUUUCAUUGCUAUUUGUGGAUAGUAUGGAGUUUGGGGGAUAUAUAUUGGAUUAAAACAGAACAAAAAAGUGGAUUGAAAUGUUUUUAUUUUUAACUUAUGUGUGAAGCUCUUGAUUUAUAUCUGGCACCAGUUUGAUCCUGUUGUUGAUUGUUCUUUUCCUAACUGAAAGAGUUUAGACAAACCUGUAUUGUUGUGAUGUUUAAAUUGGUUUCAGCUAAUAUUUUAAGCCAAAGCUUCAAAUUCCAGUAUGGUGUUGAGAUACUUUUUAUAGAAGUGGCUUCUAAUUUUUUAUGAUAAAGACUCAAUGAGAUUUGUAAUAUUCUCCUCAACCAAAAGUUCUCAAAGUAUGAAAAUGUUUUUUUUUUUACAAAGGAACUGAUAAAAUGUGAAAAUUAUGUUGCAUGACAGUAGUUUUCUGCCCCCCCCCCCGCUUCUAUUCUUUAUCCAGAUUGGUUAUCAUCUGUACACUGUUUCUCAGGUUGACUCGUCACCCUUUUAACUUAAUUUUUUUUUCUCAAUUUGAGUUUUUUAUUUCUUUUUUAAUGUUGAAGUUGUUUCAAUUAAACAAUGUUUGUAAUUUCCAGAUUUGUCAUAUUCGGUGGUAAUAAAUGGAUGUUAACACACUAAAGGUG